UAUAACAUUUAUAAAUUCAAAUAUCACAAUAAGAAAAAAUAUAUGUGGAUCCUGCAUUUCAAACACGGGUCAAACUUUAUUCAAUUAGUUGUGAUAUCAAUGAGACUUGGCAUGGUUUGUCAAAACUAUUUUAAUAUCUUCAUAUUGAUAUAUAUCCGUUUACAUAGUUAAAAUGUAGUAAAAGAGAAUCAGUUACAGCGAAAUUAAAUUAAUUCGCUUGGUUUGAGUUAAUUGAUACUUUUAGGCAGGUGAUAUCAAUUUGGCAUGUACAGCUAAUUUAUUUUCACAUCUGCCAAAUAAAUUAACUGAGUGUGAGUAGAUAGUCCUGUUUGAAAACGCGGUCGCUUAGAAACUGUUUGGAAGUUGAUCGCGGUGAUUAUACCUAAAUCGGUGUAGUCAGACGUUGAUCCGCGUAAAAUCGCAUAAUUUCUGCGUUGACUGUCUAAUUCCCGUCUAAUCCCGCGUUGACUGUCUAAUUCCCGUCUAAUCCCGCGUCGACAGCCUAAAUUUUGUUUUGGUUUUUUUUUUUCUGUCCGUGUAAGGUAAAACACGAUUGAUUAUUUUUUAUUUAUUAUUGACAGAUUUUGUGUAAUUAUUCAUUACUAAAUAAUUAUAAUUAGCUAUCAAACCCAAAACAAACACAUAAAUACUACAUUUAGAGAUUUUUUUGUAUCAAACUCACAAUUUACUAAUCAAAAAGAGACUGUUUAAAAUUAUAUAUAAAAAAUUAUAUAAUUAUGUCUAAAAACUUGUAUCAUCAUGUUUAAAAUUAGCUAAAUAUAUUAUAAAUAUAUUAAAUUAUAUUUCAAACUAAGCUCCGCGUAAUUUCUGAAUAUUUUCGAUUUUUUGGUAACUCGUUAGGUCCGGAACUACCGCUAGAAUAACGCUUAGUGUAGUUGUAGUUCCGAACAGAGACAAAUAAUAAAUACUGUGAAGCUUUGUUUAUAGAUAGAAAGAUUCGGUAUGAUGAAAAAGGUAAUACGAGUGGGGUUAGGUAAAACUAGUUUAAGCAAUUUGCACUGAACUCUCUCUCUAUAUAAACACAUAUUCAUCGAGAGAUGACUAUAAUCAAACCCACAAAAACAUAUACUUACAAAAAAAAAAGAGAAUGGCAGAGUUAAAUUUUUUUAGCUCAUUUCCCGUCAAUGCUACACGGUUCUUAUUAUGGGGCUCUUGACAUAGAAUCUCCCGCAGACGAGUUCGUUAAAUAUUUUACCGGAAAGAGAGAAUGGAAGUGCUACAAUCAUGAUUCAUUCUCAUUUUCUGCUGUGGAGUUGAGGUUCCAAAUCGAGUCAGAGAGUUUGGAGAAAAAAACAGUGAAGAUGAGCAUAUUUUGGAAUCACAUCUCGGACUUCUUCAAGAAGAUCGAAGCAACAUUCACCGUCACUCCUACGAGAGACAUGAUACCUAGCAGCCUGGCGUGGUCCGUCGAUUUCGAGAAGAUUAGCUAUGACAUAAUAGAUCCAAUGUGGAUCGUCAGCACUCUACUCGAAUACAUCAGGUCCACCGAUGUCUAUAAUCUUUAUGAACUAAAUCAUAAGGUCAACUCCAUUGACACUGAUUAUACGGCGGACGAAUGCUUUAAAGCUUUCAUCGGAGCAUCUAAAGAUGAUGCUGAGGUGGAGAUCGAGGCUGAGGACUGGGAGAGUAGGACAACUACGAUAAGUGUGAGGAGCUCUCAUUUGUUGAUGACUAAGUACAAGAAGCUCAAAGUAACCACCACUAUUAUUCCUAAGGAAGACUAUAACAACGGUAGCCACGUGAAAUGGACCAUCGAUGCGGAGAAUAUUUCUGAUAACAUCCAAGAUCCAGACUUAUUCCUCGACACAGCUGUUUCUAUCUAUGAGGAUAUCCGGUACAAGCUUCCAAAUAAAUAUGCUCUAAGUCAAGAGCUUCAUCUAGAUAUAGGACCGGCUAGAUUCGCUCACGAGAUCAAGCUUCGGAAAAAAACAUUCGAAAGGUUCAUCUACAUAUAGGAAUAUGAUCCCAUCUAUUAUAUGUCUACGUUCAUUGCAGUAUAUGUAUGAAUUUCUUAUAACGGUUGGUA